GCACUUCGAAUUUAAGGCGAAUUUAAACAAGAUAGUCAAAUUAGAAUUCCGACUCUGUCUAACGGGGAGUCACAUUCAGUCAGUUCAAGAACAAGAAUAACGCAUCUAGAAGAUAUGGAUGAAGUGUUAAAGGAAGGCAAAUGUGUUUUAUGCGCGAAUCGAGCGGAACUAACUUGUCAGAGAUGUGGAGAUUUUUAUUGUUCAACCAAUUGCCAGCGCAGGGAUUGGCAAAGACAUCGUUAUAUAUGCUUCCCAAUGCCAGCUCUGGUCUAUCCUCAAGCAUUUUCAGUGCACCAUAUUGAGAGAAGGAAGCCCGACCCCGAGACUGUGCCCCUACAAAUUGAUGCCGAUAAGAAUAACAUAAGGCCAGAGGGCAUUAUAGAGUCUCAAGUUUCUCCAACUGUGCGACUUCAAGUGAUUAGCGAUAAAGAUGAUGAUUUAAAGAGUGUAUCCAGCAAUAGCGACAGCGUCUCCAAUAACAUCUUAAAGAAAACAAAAAACACUGCUUCACCACCAAAAAUGACGAUGCCGGCAAGCCACAGUGUUUUCUAUGUUAAUGGUUUUCGGUCCCCGAAUCGUUGCUUCAUUCGCGAGGCCAGCGAAAAGACAGAUAAGGCACAUGCGAGUCUCUUGGAGAAGGUCAAUACGCUGGCCAACAAUUUGCCAAAGCUAUGCAGGCCAAAAUAUCAAUAUGCGCUUGCCGUCUAUAAUGGCAAAUUACAACGUGUCGAAGUUUUGUCCGGUACCAAUUCAUUGCGAGUCCUGUUCUUGGACAUGGGUGUAAUUGAGGUGCGACAGGCAAAUACAGUGUUCGAAAUCAACGAUGAGAUAAUGUCCUUGCCGUGCUACACACAACAAGUUCAACUUAAAGGUGUUUCCAAUUAUAGGAUGCACAAUAAUGUUAAACAAUUCCUUACACAAUUUGAGGGAAAACGAUUUGUUGGCGUUUACGACAAUAAUAACUAUAACCAGAUGGAAUUGUUCCAUGCAGAGACUAAGAAUUCACUGAAUGAAGAAAUCAAAGUGUUCUGUGCCAAUGAAGAUGUAUAUGAUUUAUUUGAAGGAAAGACACAAGGCAAAAAUGAUAAUAAAGAGAAGAUUCAACAGUUGACUGAGAAAACUGAACCUAACGAUGAUAUAGCAUCCGACGACAAUAAUCCGAUUGAAGUCCAAAUUGUUAAAGCAAAAGCUAAUGACACUAAAACUAUAAGCCAACUAACCUCAACGCCAAAGGAUUCACUCAAGGAAACACAGGAGGCUGAGCCCAUUAAAGAGAUUCAAAUUGAUGAGGCUGAUGAUGAUAAAGUGGAUUUAAUAGUUACCAAAGAAAAAGUAAUUGAAGUACAGAUAAACGAGAAAGAAAUUGCUUCAAAUAAAAAGUCAUCCUCAAGCAAGGAUAUUACCACAUGCAGUGACAAACCAUCAACAAGCAAAGGUGUUAGCAAAUCAAGCAAUGAACCAGUUUUAAUUGCACCCUUUAAGACACUUCGAUUUGAGUCAAAUACUCUGGAAGUUUUCAUUGUGGACAAUUCGGCCAUUAAUCACGGCGUUUUUGGGGCCUUUGACAAAGCUCAUGGUAAAAUGUUUACAGACUUGCAGGCAAUACUCGACAAGUUCGUUGAUUCAGAGCCCUAUGAACCUGUACUUAAGGAAUAUGUAAUUGUAAAAAGUGACGGUUGUUGGUGUCGUGCGAAAGUAACACAAAUCGAUCCACCUUAUUAUAAGGUCAGACUCUUGGAGUUUACCAAUAUGGAGAAGGUCACAUCGCUGUCUAUACGUCGAUAUCCUUUACAUUUAGAUGCUCCUUGUGUAACUAAUUUAUGCAUAAUGGACGGCGUUUCUUCCCUUACGCUGAAUCAAACGCAAAAGGCACACUUAGCUGAAACCUUUAAAGUCAAUAAUGUGGUGGGUAUUGAUGGUGUUACUUAUCGGCAUGAUAUGGCUAUGGUUCAGUGUAAAAAGGUACUUGAAAAAUUGCGGGAAAUGAUAGGAAAAUAAAUAUGGAAUUGAGUGUAGCCGGGAUCCGUAUUUAAGGGAGCGGCAGCCAUUUGUUCCUAUAAAAAGUAAUAUAUAACUUAGUACAAUAAAAAUUUACAGAAAUUGUAACACAAAUUAACUGCAUUUGUCCAAAAAUGUAUAAUAUUUAACGCUCUAGGAGGCAGGGGACAGCUGCACUACCCUGCCCCUACCUGUCUGCGCCCUUGGAUGAGGAUCACCAAGUGUGUGCCAUUUGAAUAUAUAUUUUUAACUUUUUUUAAGUGAGUUGAUCAAUCAACUCCUUUAAUAUCUGAAAAUAUUAAUUCAGUCUCGCUGAAUAUUAUUUCAAAUAGUAAUUAGAGAGCUGCACGAAUAACAGAGAUAUAAUUUUCGUUGCAACAAUGUUCAAAAUGAAUUUGGAAAAGAAUCAAUUUCGAGUCUCGAAAAACGAAGUGAGCUUGAAUGUAACAACUGUUUUUCAUGCAUACGAAUCCCAAUUUUGAUUUUGGUAGUUAGUGUUUAUUUAUUUGUUUUAUGUUACAUUUCUUCCAUUCAACAAAUUUUCGUUUACAUCUUACCAAGCCAUAACAUUAAAGUUACAAAAAAAGUUCAAGUAUUAGCGCACUUUUAACCCAUUCAUUGAGUUUCAUAGUUUAGUUUUAGUCAUUUAUGUCUUUUUUAUAUAUCACGGAAUCUGAAAAUGCUUGAUUUUUGUCCAUUCUAAAUCAAAUCAACCAAAUCAGUGCCUACUGGGCCUAAGAGGUAACUACACAUUCUCAAAUCGUCAUCGUGUAUUCUCCCAACUGGCUAUUGAAAUAGUGCCCAACAUAUAUAUCCAUACUCAUUCAUAGCAUAAAGUUAACACUCAUUUAAUUCAAAAUGAAAUCCAUGCAGCUCUCUAAUAGUAAGUGAUAUUGAAUGAUUCUUUUUAUUUGGCCCCAAAUAGUUUUAACCGUUUUAUUAAUUUCUUGUUUCUAUUUUAAUUCUUAACCCUUUAAGAUUUAAGAGUGACUCACGUUAUUGAUAUAUAAUUAUCAAUAUUUUAAUAAGAUCAUUUAUACUGACAAUUUUUAAAAUCAUUUCAGAUAUUAAUUUAGGUUCAUAAGUUUUAUUUGUUUAUAUCUCAAAUUAUUUCCAUAAUUAUCAUAAAACUAUUAGUUGGUUUUUUUUUAGUUAUUUGUCAAGAGUGUCGAAGUUUUUUAAAUCCCAGACAAUCAUUCCAAUAUCAUUUGGCCUGGUUUAAUUAGAAUUUUUAGCUAAUAAGUUCAAACUCAAGUGCCUUCUUAUUAUUUCCAUAUAUGGAAAGAAUAAUAUAUUUAAAUUGAUAUUACAAAAAACAUUCAUAUAUUUUUUAUGUAUAUAAAUAAAAAGCUGUUAAUACA